ACAACAGCACAGGGCACUUCCAGACGCACUGCAGAGGUGUGGGGAGGUUAUGUCCAAAAUGUUAAAUUCCAACAUUUUCUGAGGUUACCGGUGCAGCUGGGCUUGUUCUAAACAUUGCAAGGUUUCAAAAAUCACGAGAUUGUACUGCCACUGACAGCGGUGUUUGUUUGCUUUGUCGUUUCAAAAAGUAGCUUGAUGAGUGUCCAAAGUAACAUUGGAAGUUUGGAGGGGACGCCAUCUUGGUCCUAGCUCUCCACGUCCCCGACAACACCGGGGUUGCUUUCUCAGCAACAUAUCACGGCAGUGGUGAAGGCCAAGGCAGACACCAUGGAGGAGCUGCACAGCCUGGACCCCCGGAGACAAGAGCUGCUGGAGGCUCGAUUCAUGGGUGGGGUUGGUGGCAGCACUGGGGGCAGCACUGGCAGCACCAGCGGGGGAACCAAAGCCUUGACAAACAAUGAAUGUUCAAAUCAAAGUUUUGGAAGCCUGGGGUCCUCCAGUGACAAGGAGUCAGAGAGCUCUGACGUGAAAAGGGGGAGCUCUCCUGCAUACUCGACUCCUGAAAAGAAACACUCUGAAUUGUCCAGAGGAAGAAAGAGGAAACCCGACACCCAUUCGGAGAACAGCCAAGGGAAGUCUAUUGUGCGAGGACCCAAAAUUAGUGAUUAUUUUGAUUUCCAUGGAGGGAAUGGGUCCAGUCCUGUGAGAGGUCUCCCCUCUGUGAUCCGCUCACCUCAGAACUCACAUUCCCACUCUGUGCAGGGUUCCAGUAUUAGGCAAAACAGCUCAUCGCCUACGAGUCUGUCUUUUGGGGAACAUGUGAUGCAUCCAAAGCAGUUGGCAAUCAAAUGUGUGCAGACUGACCUGACGGGGCUCAAGUUGGCUGCCCUGGAGAUGAACAAGAACCUGGACCUUGAGAAAAAAGAAGGCAGAAUUGAUGAUUUGCUUAGAGCGAACUGCGAUCUCAGGAGACAGAUAGACGAACAACAGAAAUUACUUGAAAAGUACAAAGAACGCUUAAAUAAAUGCAUCACCAUGAGCAAGAAGUUGCUCAUAGAAAAGAGCACCCAGGAGAAGCAGGCGUGCCGGGAAAAGAGUAUGCAGGACAGACUACGGUUAGGCCAUUUUACCACUGUGCGACAUGGAGCCUCUUUCACAGAGCAGUGGACCGAUGGCUUUGCCUUCCAAAACCUAGUCAAACAGCAAGAGUGGAUAAACCAACAGAGGGAGGAUAUCGAGAAGCAGAGAAAACUCCUAGCCAAAAGGAAACCCCCAUCGUCCAGCAACUCCCAAGCACCAACCACAAACUCUGAGCCAAAGCAACGCAAAACCAAGGCAGUGAACGGGGCGGAGAAUGAUCCCUUUCUGAAGCCCAGCCUACCUCAGCUGUUGACUCUAGCUGAGUAUCACGAGCAGGAAGAGAUCUACAAACUACGACUUGGGCAUCUCAAAAAGGAAGAAGCAGAAAUCCAGGUGGAGCUGGAGCGUCUGGAGAGAGUGCGGAACCUUCACAUUCGGGAACUUAAGAGAAUAAAUAACGAGGACAGUUCACAAUUCAAAGACCAUCCGACUUUGAACGAGAGAUAUCUGCUGUUACAUCUUCUGGGAAGAGGAGGCUUUAGUGAAGUUUACAAGGCGUUUGACUUGAUUGAGCAACGCUAUGCUGCUGUGAAAAUUCAUCAGCUGAACAAGAACUGGCGAGAGGAGAAAAAGGAGAAUUAUCACAAACACGCCUGUCGGGAGUACAGAAUACACAAGCAGCUGGACCACCCCAGAAUCGUCAGGCUGUAUGACUACUUCUCACUGGACACAGACACGUUUUGCACAGUUUUGGAAUACUGUGAAGGCAAUGACCUGGACUUCUACUUGAAGCAGCACAAGCUGAUGUCGGAGAAGGAGGCCCGCUCCAUCGUCAUGCAGAUUGUGAAUGCGCUCCGAUACCUGAACGAAAUCAAGCCCCCCAUCAUUCACUAUGACCUCAAGCCGGGUAACAUCCUGCUUGUUGAUGGCACAGCAUGUGGGGAAAUCAAAAUCACAGACUUCGGUUUGUCCAAAAUCAUGGACGACGACAGCUACGGUGCAGAUGGCAUGGACCUGACAUCACAAGGAGCAGGGACCUACUGGUACUUGCCUCCGGAGUGUUUUGUUGUUGGCAAAGAACCUCCAAAGAUUUCCAACAAGGUGGACGUGUGGUCUGUGGGUGUCAUCUUUUUCCAGUGUUUGUAUGGAAGAAAACCGUUCGGCCACAAUCAGUCUCAGCAGGAUAUCCUGCAGGAGAACACAAUACUUAAUGCAACCGAAGUUCAGUUUCCUGUCAAGCCUGUUGCCAGUAAUGAAGCAAAGGCCUUUAUAAGGCGCUGCUUGGCAUACAGGAAGGAGGACCGGUUUGAUGUUCACCAGCUGGGAAGGGAUUCCUACCUGCUUCCUCACAUGAGGAGGUCCAACUCUUCAGGGAACCUGCAGAUGGGUGCCGGUGGCUCAGGAGCUGCCGCCUCCAGCAUCAUUUUGUACUGAGGGCUGGUCCUGGACUGACUGAAUUAUUGCCUGGCUACCCUACGCCUGCAGACC